AUGAGGACUAGAACUAAUCAAAGCCACGAGCUCAAGCUUCUCCUUGUUUGUCUCCUUGCAGCCUUCAUUCUCAUCUUCAUCGUUAGAUCAACUCUCACAACUUCACAGAAACACCAGACUCAGGAAGAGACAAGAUCAGGGGGUUGCGCUGGUGCCUGCAAUAAGCUGCCACGUUCCCUGGCGCAAGCCCUGAUCCAUUACUCUACUUCAGUCAUCACACCCCAACAAACGCUCAAGGAAAUAGUGGUCAGCAGUAGAGUACUCGACAAGAAGUCACCCUGCAAUUUCUUGGUGUUUGGUCUAGGCCAUGACAGCCUCAUGUGGAACACUCUCAACUACGGAGGCCGAACAGUAUUCCUCGAAGAGGAUGAGGCGUGGAUAAAACAGAUACAGAGGCGGUUUCCGAUGCUGGAAACAUACCAUGUAACCUACGACAGUAAAGUCAACCAAGCAGAGAAUCUAAUAGAAGUUGGGAAAGGACCUGAAUGCACAGCUAUUGGAGAUCCAAGGUACUCAAUGUGUCAGCUAGCACUCAAGGGUCUGCCUGAUGAAAUCUAUGAGACUAGUUGGGAUCUAAUCAUGGUCGACGCACCCACUGGCUACUACGAUGAGGCUCCUGGGAGGAUGACGGCUAUUUACACGGCGGGGAUGAUGGCAAGGAACAGAAAACGGGCAGGAGAGACGGAUGUGUUUGUGCAUGAUGUUAAUAGGGAAGUAGAAGACAAGUUCUCAAGGGCUUUCUUGUGUGAAGGGUACAUGAAGAAACAAGAAGGGAGACUAAGGCACUUUAUCAUCCCUAGCUAUAUAAAUGGUUCAGAAUCAGUAUCAAACAGACCCUUUUGUCCAACUCUGAACUCUUUAUCUUCCUAA